CCAAGCCGGCGCCAUUGCUGGAAGCGUUCCCGCCCUGCUCUGCGAGUGCCCUCAGUUGUCCUCAGUUCGGCAGCCAGAUAUGCCAUUGCAAGACUCCACUCUUGCCAGAGAGAGGAACCCAGAGGAAGAGAUUAUGGCUGCUGUGGUUUUUUCAGUUGGACCUCUGAAUCCAGAAGAUUCCCAGCCAGAUGAAGAACUUCACCUUCAGGCAGAAGAGACAGAACUGGUAAAGGAUUCCGUGACAUUUAAAGAUGUGGCUAUAGACUUCACAUUAGAAGAGUGGAGGUUGAUGGACCCUUCACAGAGGAACCUACACAAGGAUGUGAUGCUAGAGAAUUAUAGGAAUCUUGUCUCCCUGGGGCUCGCAGUUUCCAAACCAGACAUGAUAUCUCAUUUGGAGGAUGGAAAAGGACCAUGGGUUGUAGUGAGAGAAAUUGCAAGAACCCCCUAUCCAGAGUUGGAGACCAAACAUGCAACCAAGAAUGUAUCAACCGCGGAUAUUUCUGAAGAUGUAUCACAAGAGACCAUAAUAGAUAAACUCACAGAGAAUGGUCUAUGGAACUCCAGAAUGGGAGGAUUAUGGAAAUGGAAUGAAAGGAUAUUGAGAUUGCAAAAUAAUCAGGAAAAUCAUUUAAACCAAAAAAUAGUUACUCACAAGAAAAUUCCCUCUGGUCAAAGAGGCUUUAGAUUUGGAUCUAUUCUUUUUCCUGAAGCAGGAGUCAUAAGAGAAGAACCCCACAGCAAAUGCCAAAUACGUGAAAAUUUCACUGAGAAUUUAGAUUUGAUUACAGAUACACAUAUGGGGAAGAAAAUUUGCAAGGAUACAGAAGGCAGCAAAGCCAUAAGGCCUACUUCAGAACUUACGUUAGGGAAAAAAUACAAUAAUAAAGAAAAGCCCUAUAAAUGUAGUACAUGUGAAAAGUCCUUUCGUUAUAGGUCACUACUCAUUCAACAUCAGAGAACUCACACUAAAGAAAAACCUUAUGAAUGUAAUGAAUGUGGGAAAAUGUUCAGCCAGCCUUCAUAUCUCAGUCAACAUAAAAAAAUUCACACUGGAGAAAAACCUUAUAAAUGUAAUGAAUGUGGAAAGGCCUUCAUUGCUUCUUCAUCACUUAUGGUACAUCAGAGAAUUCAUACGAAGGAGAAACCUUAUCAAUGCAAUGUCUGUGGAAAAUCUUUUAGCCAGUGUGCUCGCCUUAAUCAACACCAGAGAAUUCAAACUGGAGAAAAACCCUAUAAAUGUAGUGAAUGUGGGAAAGCUUUCAGUGAUAAAUCAAAACUUGCAAGACAUCAGGAAACUCACAAUGGAGAGAAGCCCUACAAAUGUAAUGAUUGUGGGAAAGCCUUUAGGAAUAAGUCAUAUCUUAGUGUACAUCAGAAGACCCAUACUGAAGAGAAACCAUAUAAAUGCAAUGAAUGCGGGAAAUCUUUCAAGAAUACCACAAUUUUUAAUGUCCAUCAGAGAAUUCAUACUGGAGAGAAACCCUUUAGAUGUAAUGAAUGUGGGAAAGCCUACAGAAGUAAUUCAAGCCUUAUUGUACAUAUAAGAACUCAUACUGGGGAAAAACCCUAUGAAUGUAAUGAAUGUGGGAAAGCAUUCAAUCGUAUAGCAAAUUUCACAGAACAUCAAAGAAUUCAUACAGGAGAAAAACCUUAUAAAUGUAAUGAGUGUGGGAAAGCAUUCAUUAAUUAUUCAUGCCUUACUGUACACCACAGAAUGCAUACAGGAGAGAAACCUUAUAAAUGUAAUGAGUGUGGAAAGGCCUUCAUGCGUUCUUCAUCCCUAAUUAUACAUCAGCGAAUUCAUACUGAAGAGAAACCUUAUCUAUGUAAUGAAUGUGGGGAAUCUUUCAGAAUAAAAUCACACUUAACUGUACAUCAGAGGAUUCAUACUGGAGAGAAACCAUAUAAAUGUAAUGAAUGUGAGAGGGCAUUUACCAAAAUGGUAAAUCUCAAAGAGCAUCAGAAAAUUCAUACUGGAGUGAAACCUUAUAAAUGCUAUGAUUGUGAAAAAUCUUUCAGGACUAAGUCAUACCUUAUUGUACAUCAAAGGACACAUACUGGAGAAAAACCAUAUAAGUGUAAUGAAUGUGAGAAAGCUUUCACUAAUACAUCACAACUUACUGUACAUCAAAGAAGGCAUACUGGAGAAAAACCCUAUAAAUGUAAUGAGUGUGGGAAGGUUUUCACAAGUAACUCAGGCUUUAAUACACAUCAGAGAACGCAUACGGGAGAGAAACCAUUUAAGUGUAAUGACUGUGGGAAAGCAUUUAGCCAGAUGGUACAUGUCACAGAACAUCAGAAAAUCCACAGUGGAGAGAAACCCUAUAAAUGUGAUGUCUGUGGAAAAGCCUUUAGGAGGGGUUCAUACCUAACAGUGCAUUGGAGAACACAUACUGGAGAAAAACCCUAUACAUGCAAGGAAUGUGGAAAAGGUUGCAUCACCCUAUCGCAGCUAACUCUACAUCAGAGAAUUCAUACUGGGGAAAGGCCCUAUAAAUGUGAAGAAUGUGGGAAAGCCUUCAGAACCAACUCAGACUUUACUGUACAUCUGAGGAUGCAUACUGGAGAAAAACCCUAUAAAUGUAAUGAGUGUGGAAAAGCCUUUAGGAGUAGCUCAAGCCUUACUGUACAUCAAAGAAUACAUCAAAGAGAAACUCAGCUAAUAUAAAGAUUAAUAAAUCAUUCAUCCAGAUGCCAACUCCACAAGAAGAAUCAUAAACUGUGUCUUUUAUGAAUGUGGGGAAACUUCCAGGAGCAGUUCACCAGAAAAUACACACUUAAGAGAUACUUUAGAGGGGGCACCUGGGUGGCUCAGUCGGUUAAGCAUCUACCUUCAGCUCAGGUCAUGA